CAGGUCUUAACUUUGGAUAUAGUUUGAAGCUAUACCAAGGACAUGGCGAAAAAGAAGAAUCCGCAGGUUUAUAUGGAUGUAUGCAUUGAUGGAGAUCCAGCUGAGACAAUGGUUUUUGAGAUUAUUCAAGGGAAAGAGGUACUAAAGAAAAUUGAAAGUGUGGGAGACGAGGAAGGUAAACCUACCGUCACGGUGAAAAUAAUCCGUUGUGGAGAAUAUUCGGGAGACAAGAAGAAGAAUACUGUUGAUGAACGAAAAAGGAGUAGGGACAAAAAAUCUCCAAGAGAGAGAAGAAAGAAGAGGCGAAGACACUCAGCAUCUGGGUCUGAAAGCUCUUCAGACUCUGAGACGGAUUCCUCAGAGUCUGAUAGUGAGUCGGAUUCAGAUUCGUAUUCUGAGCUUAGUUCCUCGAGCCAUGAAAGACGGAAGAAGAGGAAAAGAAGUUCAAAGAAAGAUAAGCACAGGCGGUCUAAACGAAAGCGCCACGGGAAAAAGCGGAGGAUACGUGAUAAGAGAACGAAACGCAAAUCAAGAAGGUCCCCAGACAAUCUUAUAGCGGAAGAAGGCAACAGUGAAAGUGAUGCCAAUGUUGAUAUGGGGGGAAAAACGAGGAAACCCAGUCGCUCGAAUAGAGCAGGUAGUUCUCCACUAGAGUUUGGAAAAGAAGCUGAGUCACUUCGCCAGGACAAAAUUGAGGGGCCGGAUUUGCUUGACAAGGAUGAUGAUGCAUCAGACCACAUUUCUGAGAGGCAACAUGAUAUUGUUGAUGAUCAUCCUAGCAAAUCUAGGAGCUGGAGCUUGAGUCCUAAGAGAAAAACAAGUAAGAGCACAAGUAUAAGUCCCAGGAGGAGUCAGAGUAAGAGUCCGAGCUUAAGUCCUAGACGGAAUGUGGGCGGAAGUCCUGCUAAAGGUAGCCGCCAAGUGAAGAACUUGACAAACAGAAGAAGCAAAAGCUCAGAGAGUGAGGAGAUAGGCAGACUUAUUAAGAGGAGCCUAAGCAAAAGUGUUAGUAGAAGUCCAGUGCGGAUGAAAGGGGGAAGAGAUAUAAGUAGAAGUCCUUCGAGGAGUAUAAGCAGAAGUCCAUUGAGGAGCCCUGUAAGGGAGAUUAGCAGAAGUCCAGUGAGAAGUAGGAAGGCCAGAAGCCCUAGCAGGAGCCCUGUAAGAUCAGCAUCUCGAGGAAGCCUUGGGAGGGGCCCACUUAGAAGAGCAAGAAGAUCACCUAGCAGAACUCCAGUUCGGUCAUCUAGAAGAAGCCUGAGCCGGAGUCCCUCUAUAUCACCUAGGAGAUCAGUGAGCAGGAGUCCAGUCCGAUCAUCCAGGAAGAGUGUGAGCAGGAGUCCUAUUCGAUCAUCCAGGAGAAGUAUCAGCAGGAGUCCUGUUAGAGGAGGAAGAAGAAGAAUCAGUAGAAGUCCAAUUCUAGCGAGGAGAAGAAGUCCCAGGCGUAGAUCAUCUCCUUUUGACCGUAGAAGAAGUUUGUCAAGAAGCGGUUCUCCUGAUGGACGCAUAAGGAGAGGGAGAGGAUUUAGCCAGAGAUACUCUUACGCUCGUAGAUUCAGAGCCUCUCCAACUCCUGAUCGUUCUCCUUAUCGCCUUAGUGAUAGGAGUGAGCGUGACAGAUUUCGAAGUCACAGAAGGUACUCUCCAAGACGGUUCAGAAGUCCAUUAAGAGCAAGAACACCUCCAAGGUUAAGAAGAAGAAGCCGCUCUGUAUCGCGUAGUCCACGUCAUCGCCGGCGUUACAGCCGCAGCCCUAUCCGUAGCCGUUCACCAUAUAGGAAGAGAAGGUCACCAUCUCCUGCUAGCCGCAGUCCCAUCCGUUCACCAUAUAGAAAGAGAAGGUCAGCAUCCCCUGCUAGCCGCAGCCCAAGUCCGUCAGGGUCAAGGUCAAGAUCAAGAUCAUAUUCAAAGUCUCCCAUUGUGACAGGGAAAGCAAGAUCAGUGUCAAGAUCACCAUCUAAAUCAAGUUCAUCAUCCUCGGGUAAUAGCAGCUCAGGUGGGCAGAAGCCAUUAGUAGCCUAUGAUUAGCGAGCGACCCACGUUAUCCUUUUGUUAUGUUACUCAGACGAGGAGGGUGAAGAGACUAAGCAGUUACUCACUGUAAAACGUUUGCAUUGUCUUUGUCUUGUCGCCGUGUCCUUCUACUUCACUCUCCAGCCUUUGUUAUAAGUUUACGUUGAUGUUUGCCGGCAUUUUUAUUUAUUUUUGGUUAACAAACCUUUAAUUAAUUACAAUAGAAGUAUGUUUGUGUCCACCGACAGAUGAUGGCGAAUAAGAGAAAACAGGCUGUUACCAGUGAGCAAACGUGGCUUCUAUUUAUU